AAAAAAACCCCAGUCUUUUCACACCGCCGAGUUACGCCUGUAUCGCAGCGUUUCUGUUGCUCCUGAACUAUCUCUGAAUGAAAAACGGUGCAUUUUCUGGACCAAAUCUCGAUUGCACUGAGAACAGAAUAGCAGCGUUUUUUUUUUUUAAUUCUCUUUUGCUAGAAUAAAGCGACUUCCAGCGUCGAGCACGGGGAAAAAACAAAAAACUGCCCUUUUCUUUCUUUCUUUUUUUUUUUUUUUUUUUUUUUUUAAAGCGUCUUUGAAGCCGGCUCUCUGCAAAACUCACUGCUUCAACCUGCCAUAAAUCCUCGGUGGUUUUCAAGGUGUCUUUAAUCUAAAUGUUGUAGUUUUAUUAAUUUUUUUUCUCAACCUGAGAUCCAUCAGCGACUUCUCAGUUGCUGAACACAAAACAGAAACACGGCUUCAGAACUGAGGUAGCACCGGAGGAGGAAAGCCCCCAAAACUCAAGAGGACAUGGAGGCGACCAAAGCUGGAGGCGUAAUAGCCUACAUCAGCUCCUCCAGCUCUGGCCCCGAGUCGUGCCACAGCGACUCCUCCAACGGCAGCUACCAGUCGUCCUCCCCGCCCCACGGCUCCUUGGCCAACCGCCGACAGCUGAGUCAGCAGGCUGACCCCGCGCUCGCAAGCGGUGGCCAAAACCUUCCAGGGCCUCAGAAAAGCGGACGCUCCUCCUCCACUGCAAAAUGUGGCAUCACAAAAAUCAACGGCCUGGUGCUGCUGUGUAAGGUUUGCGGCGACGUGGCCUCCGGUUUCCACUACGGCGUCCACGCCUGCGAGGGCUGCAAGGGUUUCUUCAGGAGGAGCAUCCAGCAGAACAUCCAGUAUAAGAAGUGCCUUAAGAACGAGACUUGCCCCAUCAUGAGGAUCAACCGCAACCGCUGCCAGCAGUGCCGCUUCAAGAAAUGCCUGAUGGUUGGGAUGUCCAGAGACUCUGUGCGCUUUGGCCGAAUCCCUAAGCGUGAGAAACAGCGCAUGCUGCUGGAGAUGCAGAGCGCCAUGAACAACAUGAUGAACAACAGCCAGCUGCACAGCCAGCUGCACAGCAGCCAGACGCUACCUAUCGUCAAACCUCUGCCAGCCGGUGCCACCGAACCUACCUCAGAGGACGCCAGCCCCGCCCCCUCCACCUCUUCAUCCUUCACACCAUGCUCCAGCCGAUCAGACUCCAGCUCUGACCCUGAACCCACCGUCACCAUGGACACCAGCUCGGCCUCGCCCAGCGCUUCAGACAGCGGGGAGGAGGAGGUGAUCGGCUCGGUGACCAGGGCUCACCAGGAGACCUUCAUGUACAACCAGGAGCAGAGCAGCCUGACAGCUGAGGCCCCGCCUCCUACUGGCCCCCCGAACAGCGGCCCGGCCAAUAACAUCCCUAACCUCCAUAUAGAGGAGCAUCAGGACGCCUGGAACCAACACAACAAUAUGGUCACCAUGGCAGCACAGGCUCCUCCCUCCAGCCUGGGCCCCCAGGGUCAGGAGGCCAACACCACCAACCACUGCCCUUUCCGGCUGUCCAGGAGUGCCGCCUCCAGCCACUGCCCAGCCUACACACAUGGAGCUUUCGGCGCUCCGUCCUCAGAGGGCCACGCCAACGCAGCCUACAGCGGGCCCCUGUGGAGAGGAGGCAACAGAAUGCAUCUGGUUUGUCCGAUGAACACCUCUCCUCAUGUGGACCCUCAGAAGUCUGGCCACGAGGUGUGGGAGGAGUUCUCCCACAGCUUCACCCCCGCCGUCAGGGAGGUGGUGGAGUUUGCCAAGAAGAUCCCAGGAUUCAGAGACCUGUCCCAGCACGACCAGGUCAGCCUGCUGAAGGCCGGCACCUUUGAGGUGUUGGUGGUUCGCUUUGCUUCUCUCUUCGAUGUUAAGGACCGAACCGUCACCUUUCUCGGUGGGAAGAAAUACAGCGUGGACACUCUGAGGGCCAUGGGGGCCGGGGACCUCCUCAACUCCAUGUUUGACUUCAGCGAGAAGCUCAUCAACCUGGGCCUCAGUGAAGAGGAGAUGAGCCUCUUCACCGCCGUGGUUCUGGUCUCUGCAGAUCGCUCGGGCAUCGAGAAUGUGAACUCGGUGGAGGCCCUGCAGGAGACGCUGAUCCGCGCCCUGCGAAGCCUCAUCACCAAGAACCACCCCAACGAGUCGGCCAUCUUCACCAAGCUGCUGCUCAAACUGCCCGACCUGCGCUCGCUCAACAACAUGCACUCCGAGGAGCUGCUGGCCUUCAAGGUCCAUUCCUGAAGACUCCUCUAGUACUUGACACCCGGACCCAAGCUGUAACGGCCUGUGACCGGACCUGGGGGUCGCGAAAGGACCACCCUCACCUCCACACUUCCCCCAUUAGACUUUGGGCUCUGUUCCUUCAGGCUAAUAAUAGAACUAAAAGUCGAAGCUGACAUUUAAAGGGGGAGGAAGACCAUAAAAUGUUAUUGUACUGUACUGUAGGGCGUAAAUGCCUGUGUGAUGGUAAUGCAUACAUACAGACACACUGAUUGAUGUAAAUGUUUCUUGUGUUUUGCUUGUAGCAUACUGUAUGUUUGCAACUGUACAAACAUUAGAAGCACUUUUCUGUAUAGUGUAGACUGGUAUUUUUUGCAUUCAUAGUGCAAUAUGUGACUGCUUUUUGAUUUUAGCUGUAUAGUGAUGAGUCAAGAAUCUUGUGUGUACUUUCAGUGGAAAACAUUCAUUUGAAUAGAUGCUGUGCUCAUGUGAUGAGGGGGAAGCUGUUGAGCUAACAAAAAUGCAGACACUGAAAGACUGACGAGUCAGAAUUAUCUUUAAAAAAAAAAAAAAAAAAAAAAAAGGCAGACGACAAUGAGAGGAAUGUGGAUGUAAAGCUGCUAAAAAUCCUAGAGAAACCCCAGAGCGUGUUAUUGUAAUCUCAAUAAAUUAGGGGAGCAAAAUAAGGCUUUGUCUUGCAGUUGUUGAUAUGCUGUGUUUUUGUUAGUUGUGGCCAUUUUUCAAAAAUGAUUUUGGCAUUGUGAUAAAUCAAAUGUAUCAGUGUCGCUCUAAUGCCUGCUGAUAUGUGCUCAUGGAUCAGUGGAAAUUUAGAUGCACUGAACCAAUCGAGACACAUUUUCCCUUCUCUUCUAAGAAGUGUAAGGAGGAGUGUUUCUGAGAUCCUGGUGUCUGCUGUCCUGUGUGUCCCAAGUCGGGACUUUCCUACCUGCCAAGCAGUCGAGUCAGACGUGCUAUGCUGCUUUCGGACACCGGCUGCAAGAGAAAUAAUUGUCACCAGCGGCUCCCACUUGCUUGAAUACACAUUUCUGUUUUACAAUACUGUACAGACUUUAGCUGAGUGUAGUUAUACUGAAUAGGUAGGACUAUUCCACAUAAAAUAUGAUUGUAAUGUCACUGAUUGUAAUUUAAAGAAAUAAGCUGAGUCGAGGUGAUGUUCAGAUAUUUUGCGAUUGCCAUCUUUUUGUUCCCUGCUGAUGAAUUCAGAAUGUCGGGCCUUUUAAUAUCCAGAGCUUCUGUCAUUGUGUUAACAUUGCUGACAUGUGGUUCUGUUCUCCUCUGUGAAAGGAUUGCAGUAUGCAUAGAUUUAUAUAUAAAUAUAUACAUACUAUCAUACAUACAUAACUGUAUAGAUGAAUAUAUCUAUAUAAAUAAAUUUUAU